GGCGCGCUGGCGUGCCGCCAGCCGGCGCGGCGGGUGCGCGCGGGCGGCGCUGGCCGGUGGGCGGGGUGCGCGGAGGAGGCAGGGGAGGAGGAGGACGAGGGGGUGGAGGAGACGGUGCGCGUGCGGAUCUGGCGCGUGCUGGCUGGCGGCAGGGAGCUCAGCAUCAAGGAGCUCGCGGCGGAGGUGUUCAACGGCACGCUGGGCAGCAUGUGCCACGGCACCCUGCGCGAGCACCUGUUCCACGUGGAGAAGCAGGCCCGCUCCCUGGGCCGGAAGUCCGCCGACUGGCGGCGGAAGCGGGGCCUGCCCCCGCUGGUGGGGCCCAGCGCCGAGCGCCGCAACCUGCGCCUCCAGCGGCGCAAGGGCAAGGACGGCAGGCCGCGCGUGAGGCUGAGGGCCCGCCGCUGUGGGGCGGAGCCUCUGGGCGCGGGCGACCGGAAAAAGAGAGAUCUCGGAGGAGGAAAGGUACCCAUGUGGCUACCCUUGCCUUGUUUUGCCCUAUUGGGGCCUCCUGGGAGGCCCUCGUCGCCACCGCUGGAUUCGCCUCGAAAUUCUGGUCAAAACGCACCCCGGGAAAGGUCCGGGGAGUAGCGGUAUCUGUACCUUUUGGUUUCCCCAUCUGUUCUCAAAAUAGAUCUUAUUGAUGAGCCCGAAAGGUAGGCGUGCCGAUACUAUCCUUUAUGGAAGCUGUGCUACUUUGAGUCGUCGCA